GUCUCAUGCACAAGUGGGUCCCUAAAUCCAGCCAUUCUUUUGUUCCCAUGCCUAAACUCCAACACUCAGGAAUCUCCUCACUCUCAAAACACUCUCUCUUUCCCUCCCUUCACAGCUCUCUUAUUCCUCCACUCCUCUUUCUACAGAAAACUAACUACCUUCACAAAUGAAACAACCAAAAAGAGUUUUACUAUUCAAUGUUGUUCCAUUUUUAUUAAUCUUCUUCGAUAGUAGUAUCGCAAACGGUUCUCAAUAUAAGAAGGUUCUCAACUUCCACAAAUUUCAAAGGAAUCAGCUUCACUCUCAAUAUCAAUAUGCCUUUCAAAGUUGCUUCUCCCUCAAAUCAAGAAUACAGGAAGAUUCAACAACCAUGGAGAUAAAGCACCGAGAUUCGUGCUCCAAAAAGACGAGUCAUGAUCUUAACAAAAGGCUUCAAGAACGCAUUAUUUUGGACAAUGAUCAGGUUCAAUAUCUACAACAUAGAAUUAAAUACCUCAUCUCAGGUGAAAUUCAAACUCUUUCGGACACCCAAACUCCGUUGAGUUCUGGUACAAGGCUCGAAAUUUUGAACUAUGUGAUAACAUUGCAACUUGGUGGAAAGAAUAUGACAGUCAUUGUGGAUACUGGAAGUGACUUAACUUGGGUACAGUGUAAACCAUGUAAAGUAUGUUAUCAUCAACAAGAACCCAUUUUUAAUCCUUCAACUUCAUUGUCAUAUCAAUCGAUUUCUUGCAAUACUUCAGCUUGUAGAUCUCUAAAGGAAGCAACAACAAAUUUGGGAGCCUGUGCAUAUAAUCCAUCGACGUGUAACUACUAUGUUAGCUAUGGUGAUGGAUCCUACACUCGCGGCGAGCUAGCCACAGAAACCCUUGAUAUAGGAAAAGCGCGAGUAAAUAAUUUUGUUUUUGGGUGUGGCAGAAGCAAUAAAGGCCUGUUUGGCAGUGUUUCAGGUCUAAUGGGAUUGGGAAAGAGUGAUUUAUCGUUUGUUACCCAAACUUCUAAGGUAUUCGGAGGAGUUUUUUCAUACUGUUUACCAUCAACAGAUGCAGGGGAAUCAGGAUCACUUACUUUAGGACAAAACUCAUCAGUUUAUAGAAAUACUACUCCCAUUUCAUACACCCGAAUGGUUCAAAAUCCUCAGCUUUCUUCCUUCUAUAUGCUCAACUUAACAGGUAUAGACGUAGGUGGCGUGCAAAUAGAUGCUUCGAGUGGAGAAAAUGGGAUUUUAAUUGAUUCAGGAACAGUUAUCACGAGGCUUCCCCCGUCAAUAUACAAGGCUCUGAAAGCGGAGUUUGUGAAACAGUUUUCUGCGUUUCCAUCUGCACCAGGAUUCUCGAUCUUGAAUACUUGUUUUAACUUGAGUUCGUAUAAGGAGGUUAACAUUCCUACAGUAAGGCUUCAGUUUGAAGGCAAUGCAGAGUUAAAUGUAGACGUGAAUGGUGUGUUUUAUAUGGUAAAGUCUGACGCGUCUCAAGCAUGUUUAGCAUUUGCUAGCCUUAUGUAUGAGGACGAUAUCGCGAUAAUAGGGAAUUACCAACAGAAGAACAUCAGAAUUGUAUAUGAUACGAAGCAAUCUUUGGUGGGAUUUGCAGAAGAAAAAUGUAGUUUUUGAGUAUCUGGAAAAGUGGAUGUUUUUGCCUGUGUAUACUGUAUAAAGCUUGUCAGCAUCUCGCUGAGAGAUUGUUAUUGUUCUUCAUUGGCAUGUUUAUCUCCUCGGGUAAAGGAGUAUGAGCUAGGAAAGGUAUACUUUUCAUAUGUUAGUGUUAUUGUAGUUUGCAUCUAAAUCAUGUAAGGGUAAGAAGUGCCCAUCAAUUUUUUUUUUGAAUUAUGUAAGGGUAGGAAGUGCCCCACAAUUCAAUUAUGCAAGGGUAUAUGAAGUGCCCAUAAUUUAAGCAGUCAAAAAACUGGCGGUAACAUAAAAAAUGUGUGGUAUGUUUAUGUUGA